AUGCUCCUCAUUGCUUUGUUGUGCAACCUGUUGCUCACUGCCGUGGGCCAUCAGGAGGAAAGCGAGUGGGUCGACCCUUACAACAUGAUCAUGUAUGAUGCUACGACAAAAGUGAUGAGAAAGCCUACUGAGCCAGCAAGCUGUGACAAUCAGGCCACUGAAAGACGAGAGUACAAUCAGGACUCCAGCAAGACGGAGCCAACGCCCUGCAACAAGCAAGUGGAGGACUUAGAUAGACAGAUUGAAGAUCAUAAGAAGACGAUCGAGCUCAUCUCACAGCAGCCAACAUGCAGCCCAGUGUUCAAGAGAUUUCUUAGCAGACUGUUGAAGGCAAUACAAAGAGCUGGUGUGCCCAGUGACUCCACAGAUGCCUUUUAUGAUGCCAAACUCAAAAUGUCCAAAAAAGCCAUGGAGGAGAUCCAGGCACAUCUGGAGAGUGAAGACAGAUGUAGACCAGGCGCCCUGGACAAUGCCAUCAGUCAGAUACUUGUGGAGGUUAAACCGCAUGAUUAUGGGGCCUGGAAGUGGCCAUUUGAAGACACCUUUGGGGUGGAGCUGCAUACAUUAUUGAAAAUCGUGUUAUUUAUCCUGGUUAUAGUAGUCAUUAUCACGCUCCAGCUGCGGACAAAGAUCUCCUGGUUUGUGCUGUUCCAACAACUGUUUGCUUUCUGCUUAUUCGUCAGUGUUAUCUGGAACUGGUUUUACCUGUACAAGAUUGCCUUUGCUGAGCAUCAAAGUAAUAUAGUGAAGAUGGAGAGUUUCAAUGCAAAAUGCACUGGAGUGGAGAAAAUGGAUUGGAUUGACAGUUUGAAAGAGUGGUUUAGAAGCACCUGGACUCUUCAAGAUGACCCCUGUAAGAGAUACUAUGAAGUUCUUGUAAUUGACCCUCUUUUGUUGGUAUCACCAAUCAAGGCAAUCUUAUUUACCAUCACAACCUUCAUCACAGAGCCACUGAAGUACUUCGGUCAGGGAUUCAGUGAAUUUCUUCGAGUGCUCCUCAAAGAUCUUCCGGUUACCCUGCAGAUCCCAGUCCUGCUCACCACCAUGCCUGCUACUGUGGUGAUUGUGUAUGCAAGUGUGCAAGCAGCCUUCCAGAAUGGCAUCAUGGCACUUUUACGCCGCCCACAAAGGGAUCCACCAGAGAUGCUGCACUACUCGCCUCUGUCAGUGCGCCCCAGGACAGCUGUGGCUACAAUGUAGCUUGCCAUUGCCAGUGUGUAUGAAUGUAGUGUAAAGCGCUUUGGGGUCCUUAGGGACUGAGUAAAGCGCUAUACAAAUACAGGCCAUUUACUCAGACCUGAGCUCCCAGAAGCGCAGAGUGUCGAUGAGGUGACCCCCCCUUUUUUUAAAAUUAUUUUUGUUUAGAUUCAUCCAACCAACUUAAAUAUCAAAUUAGACACACAAUAGUGGGUUUUGGUGGAGACGAAUGUCCUUAUUAUUUAUUAUUUAAUUUAUUUGCUGAGAUGAAGGUAAAUAUUCACGUGCAACAUAAAUUGGUAUCUUAAUGUUUAAUGAGUACUUUUUAUUGAUAUUUUUGUCUUUUGGGGUUUUUUUCUUUGUUUUUGUUUGUUUUGAUACCUGCUGAUCUCGUCUUAGUUUUUUUAAUGCAUUAUUGGCUCUACAUUAUCAUUACUGUUCGUUUCUUAGCUUGCACCUACCCACUCGAACUCUGUGCUCCUCCAGUCAGAUGCCUUUAUUAGUUUCACGCUCCCAGUUCAAAUCUAGAGGUCACAGGGCUUUUUCUAAUGCCGCGCCGAGACUCUGGAACAAU